AUGGCCAAGGUGCUGAAGGACAAGUUGUUCGGUGAUUCGAGCAAGACCGGCGACCUGCGGCUGGCCGUGCAGCUGCCCGAGCGGGAGGACAUCAACGAGUGGCUGGCCGUCAACACGGUGGACUUCUUCAACCAGAUCAACCUGCUCUACGGCAGCAUCACCGAAUUCUGCACGCCCAAGUCGUGCCCGGUGAUGGCUGCCGGCCCCAAGUACGAGUACCUGUGGGCCGACGGCGCCAAGAUCAAGAGACCCAUCAAGGUCUCGGCGCCCGAGUAUGUAGAUUACCUGAUGACGUGGGUGCAGGACAUCCUCGACGACGAGAGCAUCUUCCCCUCGCGCGUCGACGUUCCCUUUCCGCGCAACUUCCAGUCAGUGGUGAAGAACAUAUUUAAGAGACUCUUCAGGGUCUACGCCCACAUCUACUACUCCCACUUUGAGAAGAUUGUGACGCUGGGCGAGGAGGCCCACCUGAACACAUGCUUCAAGCACUUCUACUACUUCAUCGACGAAUUCGACCUCGUGGAGAAGAAGGAGAUGAUCCCCCUCCAGGACCUCAUCGACAACCUCACCCGCCCCAAAUAA